CGCACAGUACCGUGCACACAACAAGAGAGCACACAGUCGAUCCAAAGCCGUCGAGCGUGAUGGCUCGAAUCAGUUGCCUGCUGCUGGCCGCUGUCGUGGUGGCAACCACGGCCGCCGCCGCUGCUGCUGGAGGAGGCGGGAGCGUCCUGGACAAGCCCAUCUCUGCGCUGAGGCCCGACGUGGUGGUCGACAAGGCAGGAGGUGGCGGCGCGGUGACCACUGUUGGCGAGGCGUUGCAGCGUUUGGAGAGAAGGGUCAAGGGAGCGGCCGAGUACUUCAUCAUCUAUAUCAAGCAGGGCAUAUAUGACGAGCACCUCGUCAUAGAGGCUCCCAAGGUUGUCCUGAUUGGGGACGGCAUGGAGAAGACAAUCAUCACCGGCAGCUUGUGCAACAAGACGGGGCAGACUCUGCAUGAGUCAGCCACACUGACGGCAACCGAAGAUGCCCACGGAUUCAUGGCGCGCGACAUCGGCAUCCACAACACGGCGGGUGCUGCUGACUCCAAACAGGCGGUCGCGCUCUUCUCCGACUCAAACCAUUCCGUCUUCUACAGAUGCGACAUCAAGGGCUUCCAAGACACACUCCUAGCCAACCAGCAUCUCCAUAGUUCUACCGCGACUGCCACAUCUCCGGCACGGUCGACUUCAUCUUUGGGAAUGCGGCGGCCAUGUUCCAAAACUGCAACAUCUAACCUCGCCGUCCGGCGGACCCCCGAAGCCACGACGUGAUCACGGCGCAGGGCCGAGAAGAGCAUGGCGGCAGCUCCGGGUUCGUGUUCCAGAACUGCAGCAUCACUUCUUCGCCGGCACCCCAGGAGGGCCUCGCCGGCAUCCAGACAUUCCUCGGUCGGCCAUGGAAACACCACGCGCGGGUGGUUUUCAUGGCCUGCUCCAUCGACUCAAUCAUCCACGCGGAUGGUUGGGUGUCGUGGAAUAGGUCCGAAGGCGCAAAGCCGACGCCGCCGUCCGGACAGGAUUCACACAUCUACUACGGCGAGUACAAGAACCAUGGAGGCGGGGCCAGCGUCGCUCACCGCGUCGACUGGGACGGGUUCCACAUUAUCCAGUCGGACGAAGAGGCGAAACAGUUCACCGCGCGGAAGUUCAUCCACGGCGGCGACUGGCUCCCGGAGACAGGUGUUGACUACUACCUCGGCCUCAACUAGCCCUGCCUGCCACUCUACACAUCCUGCGCAGUUUGAUCUCGGGCCACCUGUGUGUGUGUGUGUCUUGUUCGUACGUGCCUUUCGUUGUAUGGCUCUUCCUCAUCGAUCUGCUGAUGCGCGCGCGCGUGUGUCUGGAGUGCACCGGAUCUGUUCUGGCGGCCAACUAGCUAGCUUGACGCUAGCACAUCCAACUAGUUGGCCAAAUAAGAUACUAUUCCACUCCCGAGUAGAGUGGUUGUUAGUAGUAGUAGUAGUUAAUAGUAGGCUGCAGCGAUGCAGCCAGCAGUAGCACGUACAUCACUCACUAGGGAGUAUGUAUGGAUCGAUCGAUGUGAUGUCUCUCUUCUCUUCUGUAUGUCUGUCUGUCUGUUUGUUUGUUUGUAAUGUAUGUGCAAGUGUUUGUCCGUUGGUAA